AUGAGAGGAAAAUUGAACUCGGAGGUGCAGCAUAGAAUUCAACGUGAAUGGAUGAACUGGAGGAAGCCGAGCGGUGGGUUAUGCGACAUGAAAGUUAGCUGCAAUCUGAAAGGAAAAUUGGAUAAAUCAGUUGUUAGACCUGCAAUGUUAUAUGGAGCGGAGACAUGGGCAAUAACAAGAGCCCAAGAAAGAAAGAUGGAGGUGGCGGAGAUGAGAAUGUUGCGAUGGAUGUGUGGAUUGUCAAGGAAGGAUAGAAUAAGGAAUGAUUUUAUUAGAGGUUCUGUUAAGAUGGGCCCCUUGAGCAAAAAGAUGCAAGAAUGUAGUUGA